UGGCAAUUAAGAAGAAGAAGCUUUUGACAAAGGCGGGCUGACAAAUUCGGUGUGUUUAGCAAACAUAUAAUACGGUCACGCUGUUAAUCCGCAAAGAGCAAAAAUUGCAAAUUUAAUAAGUUUAAAACAAAAGUUCAUUGUAAAUAGUCCUUGAAACGCGUUAGCAAUAUAACCGUGAAAAAUGUUGAUCAAAGUAAAGACCCUGACCGGCAAGGAAAUAGAAAUCGACAUUGAACCCACAGAUAAAGUGGACCGCAUAAAGGAGCGCGUCGAAGAGAAGGAGGGAAUACCACCUCAGCAGCAACGUUUGAUCUUCUCCGGCAAGCAAAUGAACGACGACAAAACUGCCGCUGACUACAAAGUUCAAGGCGGCUCGGUGUUGCAUUUGGUUUUGGCCUUGCGCGGAGGAAUGCUUUAAGCUAGGAGGAGUCGACGCUCCAAAAUUACUAUGUAGUUAAUUGGUAAUCAAUUAAGAUAUGGAUGCCCAGCAGGGCUCAACACACAUUUUUUACCGAAUUUGCCAGCCCCUCAAAUUAAAUUAUCAGCGGCAUUUGUACAAAAAUACACAAGUUUAUUGAGUUAGUAAAAUCAAUCAAGCAAAGUGA